AUGGACCUCCAUACUGCGAACGGCUCGACCCUCUUGCAGAAUAUUGAUCAAUGGCGAGAACUCUGCGAGCCCAUGCCGACGGGGAUCUCUCCUGCAACCAGCAGCGAUAAAUUCAAAAGCCCGGUACAAUUCCAUGCAAUCGCGUCUAUUCAUUUUCUGUCGGAGGAGUCGGCUAGUCGCAAGGGCUCCACAUUGAAGGUUGCUGCAAGGUACCUGAAGACCCCAGGUAUCAUCUCUCUUGGGGGUGGAUUGCCUUCUCCCGAGUACUUCCCCAUCGAAAAAGUGCGGGUUGAUGUCUCUCAGCCCGCCGGCCACCAGGCCACCGCCAAUGGCAGCCUGGCGACCAUAGAGGCAAGCAAGGGUGAUGUGCGCAAUGGCCGGGGCUUGUACGAUCUGGAGGUGGCGCUCAACUACGGUCAAGCGGUGGGGUCUGCUCAACUGCUGCGAUUUGUGACCGAGCAUACCGAGAUCGUUCAUAGCCCUCUGUACUCGGACUGGCAAUGUUGCUUGACCUCUGGCACCACAUACGCGUGGGAUGCCACCUUGCGGAUGCUGUGCCAGCGAGGCGAUUAUAUUCUGAUGGAAGAAUACACCUUCUCCAGCGCCCAGGAGACGGCACUCCCUCAGGGACUCCAGAUUGCGCCGGUCCCGAUGGACGACGAUGGACUGCUGCCCGAGCGUCUGGAUGAGAUUCUCUGCUCGUGGGAUGUGCAGGCUCGCGGGGCGCGGAAGCCGCAUGUCCUAUACAUGGUGCCCACCGGCCAAAAUCCCACCGGCCGCACGCAGCCGGCAGCCCGACGCCGUGCGAUCUAUGCCGUUGCCCAACGGCAUGAUCUGUGCAUCAUCGAGGACGAACCGUACUAUUUCCUCCAGAUGCCCACCACCACGACGGGCGCGGAGCAGGAGUCCUCCUCAAGCGAGCUCCCCUCGCACGAGUCGUUCCUACAGAGUCUGAUCCCGUCAUACUUGAGCCUCGAUGUCGAUGGACGAGUCCUGCGCCUGGACUCCUUUUCCAAGGUGCUCGCGCCCGGACUUCGAGUGGGCUGGAUCGUCGGCGCCGAGCGGCUGGUCGAGCGCUUCACGCGUGGGUGCGAAACCUCCAACCAGAACCCUUCCGGUGUCUCCCAGAUCAUAAUCUAUAAGCUCCUGGACGAGCAGUGGGGCCAUGCUGGAUAUCUAGACUGGCUCAUGCAGCUGCAGCAGUCCUAUCGGCGGCGCCGCGAUGGCAUGCUGCAGGCCUGUGACAAAUAUCUGCCACGCGAGAUUGCGAGUUGGGAUGCGCCGGUUGCCGGCAUGUUUCAUUGGAUCCGUGUCGACUGGACCAAGCACCCUGCGGUUAAGGCUGGGAAGACUCCCGAGGAAAUCGAAGAGGCCGUGUUUCACGCGGCAGUAGACGCAGGUGUUCUGGUUUGCCGCGGCAGUUGGUUCCGCGCAGGAGGCGCCAGUAUCGGCGACAAUCCCCUCUUUUUUCGCACCACCUUCGCGGCGGCUGGUGCCGACGCGAUUUCCCAGGCGAUUUCGCGGCUCGGGCAGGCGCUGAGAGCCGAGUAUCAGCUCGAUAGCAGCGUAUGA